AUGAGCUACUACGGCAGCUACUACGGAGGCCUGGGCUACGGCUAUGGAGGCUUCGGUGGCCAGGGCUGUGGCUGCGGCUGUGGAUGUGGCAGCUUCGGCAGACUGGGCUGGGGCAGGGGCUAUGGCGGCUAUGGCGGCUAUGGCAGCUAUGGAUUUGGCUCUGGCUUUGGAAACUACGGAUACGGCUGCUGCCGCCCAUCGUACUAUGGAGGAUAUGGAUUCUCCGGAUUCUACUAA